UUUAAAAUAACGCGACCCCCAUUUCUUUGCAAUAUGUGGUCUAUAUGCUGACAGCUGUCCGCAAGCGAGAAAGCGUUGCUGAUUAUUUUUUAAUAACAAUGUUGUCAUUGCGACAAUGGUGAAACGAAUGUCACGGUACGUUACAGGCAAUGCAACUUUUAAUUCAAGAUGAACGUGCUGCUUCUGAAGGAGCCAAGAGAUGGAGAGCAAGGGCCCGAUCCUUAUAUCCAGGAGAUGACGUCGCGUGGCCUGCAAGCAACUCUUCUGCCUGUGCUCGCGUUUAAGUUUGUUUCACUAAAUACCCUAUCAGAUAAGCUUUUCCAACCAGAAAAACAUGGCGGCCUCAUAUUUACAAGCCCGAGAGCAGUGGAAGCAGUGAAGAUGUGCUUGGAAGACAGAAGGGAAGAAUGGGAGCGCACGGCCAAAGACAAGUGGAACGCAAAGUCCGUUUAUGUGGUGGGCAAAGCGACGGGCGCCUUAGUACGCCAACUUGGCUUGAACCCCCUCGGUGAGGACACGGGGACGGCGGAGGUCCUGUCGCGCGUCAUCAUUGAACGAGAGGACACCAGUAUCCCUCCACUUUUCUUCCCCUGCGGCUCCAUCAAAAGAGAAGUUCUGCCUACAGCUUUGAGAGAGAAUGGAGUUCCCCUCAAGACGUUGACAAUCUAUCAAACGUCCGAGCAUCCUGACGUGGUGAAGAAUCUUAGCGAUUAUUUUGCAGCGCAGGGCCCCCCGGCGAGCGUGGCCUUCUUCAGCCCGUCGGGCGUCAGCUUCUGCUUGCCGGCCUUGCGCGGGCUGGCCGGUGAGCGGCUCGCGCAGAUCAAGUUUGCCGCCAUCGGGCCCACCACGCGGGACGCCGUGCAGGCGGCGGGUCUUGGCGUCAGCUGCACCGCCGAGAAGCCCACGGCUCAGCACCUGGCGGAGGCCAUUUGCAAAGCGCUCAAAUGACCACCUGAGCUUUUGCACUCAAGCCUAAAAAUCGACAGAAGUGUGUAUUAUUUUGUUUUUGAACUGUAUUGUAUUGUUGGUUGUGUGUUUUUCUUAAUUAAAGAGUUUACUUGACUGUUCAAA